AUGCCGAAACCUCAAUAUUCCCAAAAAUUUAGGGAUUCUUGGCUUCAAGAUCCCGAUUUAAAAGAAUGGCUUCAAGCAGUUGAAAGUACCACUGGCCAAGUAGCAAAAUGCAAGUUUUGUGGAACGAUAUUAAGAAGUCACUACGGAGAUUUAAAAACACAUACUCUUUCGAAAAAGCACCAACAAAAUAGAAGAGUUAAUAAAAUGUUUGAGUCAAAAAAUACGGACCACACCUUAUUGUGCGGUGAAUUAACAAACUUGAUUGAUACGCUUGUCACCGAAGUAACGUUGCCUACACAUAAGAUAGAUAUCUUUACUCAAAAUAUUCGUGACUAUUUGGACCAAAGAUGCUACCUGGGAUUCCGAUUCGAAAAACAGAUUCAAGAAAUGAAAGAGAAAGGUUUUCCACGGGAAGAGGAAGAAGUGUUGCGGAAUAGGUGCAUACAGUUUAUAGUUUGUCUGAUUGACGAAAUAAAAAACAGAUUGCUGGAAAAUACUACUCUCAUGAAACAAUUAUCCCGUAUAAUUGUCGAAAAAGCCCUGCAUCACAACAAAGAAAAUCUGGUUGAUAUAAUGGCUCGGUUCGUAUCAAGUACAGAAUUAAUUGCAAAAAUUGACGAUCAAUGGCAGCAAAUUCACUGA